AUGGUAGUGAGGAAGAAACUGUCCAAAGCCUCGGAUGCCUCCACAACUUCCUCCUCCUCCUCCUCCUCGUCUAGUCUCGGAGGUUUCGUGGACUUCACUUUCACCCAGGAGCCUCAGGACACAGUGACAGUGAGAGGCGGCGUGCUGCAGCUCGACUGCCAGGCACAGUCCGAUGCAGUAGCGGGAACUCCCGUCAUCACGUGGCGUAAGGACGGCGUGCUGUUGAGCACCGUGGUGGACGAGCGGCGGCGGCAGCUGGUCAACGGCUCGCUGCUGGUGCAGAACGUUGUACACUCACGACACCACCGACCUGAUGAGGGGGAAUACCAGUGCCUCGCCACUCUGGACGGACAGGGGAGCAUCGUCAGCCGGACUGCCAAGGUUACUGUAGCUGGUCCUCUGAAAGUGGUCGUCCCCACCGAGUCCGUGUCCUCGUACCUCGGUGACACCGCCCUGCUGCGCUGUGAGGUCUCUGGCGACCCUACGCCAGUCAUCCGUUGGCAGAAGAACCGGGAGGACCUACCGAUGACCUUUGACCCAGAUUCUCGCCUGGCCGUGCUGCCGUCCGGCUCGCUGCAGGUCAGCCGGGUCCAGCCACCAGACUCGGCGACGUACCGCUGUCUGGCCGACAACCCCGGCAGCACCAGGACGGGGACGGAUGCAGAGCUCCGCGUGCUCCCAGAGCCCGGAGUGGUCAGGAACCUCCAGUUCCUCCAGCGUCCGUCCAGAGUAACGUCCCUGCUGGGAACUGACGCCGUGCUGGAAUGUUCUGCUUCUGGAUACCCGACUCCGAGCAUCCAGUGGAGGAGAGGAGAGGAGCAGAUCCAGAGCUGGAAUAAGAAGUACUCUCUGCUGGUGGGCAGUAAUCUGAUCAUCAGGAGUGUCACCGACGACGACUCUGGCAGUUACAGCUGUUCUGCUGCCAACAAGAACCAGAACAUCACAGCACACACUGAGCUGAGUGUACUAGUGCCUCCUCAGUUCCUGAACUACCCGACCAACACGUACGCCUACGAGUCCACGGACAUCGAGCUGGAGUGUGCUGUGACAGGAAAUCCACCGCCGACUGUCCGCUGGAUGAAGAACGGAGAGGAAGUCAUCCCCAGCGACUACUUCCAGAUAGUGGACGGCAGCAACCUGCAGAUUUUGGGUUUGGUGAAGUCGGAUGAAGGAUUUUAUCAGUGUGUAGCUGAAAACUCAGCCGGCAGCUCGCAGGCGAUGGCUCAGCUGCUGCUGCGAGAGCCAGUGUCCCCCAGCCCGGGCGUUGCCCUUCCCUCUGCCCCCCGCGACCUGGUCCCUGUCCUAGUGUCCAGUCGAUUUGUCCGACUCAGCUGGCGCCCCCCGGAGGAGACUGGAGGAGCCGUGCAGACCUACGGCAUUUAUUACUCCCAGGACGGCGUCGAGAGGGAGCGGUCAGUGAACGUGUCGGAGCCGGAGUCUCUGGAGCUGACGGUGUCCAACCUGAAACCAGAGGAGAGCUACAGCUUCAGAGUCAUCGCUUACAACGACGUGGGGCCAGGAGAGAGCUCCGCCCCCCUGAGGAUCACCACCAAACCUGACCUCCAGGUUCCCAGCAGGGUGGAGUCUCUCCAAGCCGAGUCUCUGUCCCCCACCUCCGUCCAGGUGAGCUGGGAGCCUCCCAGCCAACCAAACGGCCCCAUCCUGAGCUACAGACUGUUGUGGACCGAGAGCCCGUCUGGGAAGGAACAGAGUUUGGAGGUGAAUGGACUCAACUACAAGAUGGAGGGACUCAAUAAGUACACAGAGUACACAGUUCGGGUUCUGGCGAUCAACCGCUACGGCCCAGGCACCGCCCCAGAGACCAUCAGCGUCACCACCCAAUCAGAUGUACCGAGUGCUCCUCCCCAGAACAUCACCUUAGAGGUUGUCCUGUCCAGGAGCAUCAAGGUGUCUUGGCAGCCACCUCCGCGCAGUUCCCAGAAUGGCAUCAUCUCUGCCUACAAGAUCAAAUACAGGAAGACUGGUCGCCGUGGAGACCAAGAGGCCAUUGAACCCAACAACUUCUGGUUCCUGUUCACAGGUCUAGAGAAGGGCAGUCAGUACAGUUUCCAGGUAGCAGCCAUGACAGCCAAUGGAACAGGUCCGGCCAGUGACUGGUACACUGCUGAGACUCCAGAGAACGACCUGGAUGAGAGUCAGGUACCGGACCAGCCCAGCUCUCUGCACGUCAGGCCGCUGCCCAACAGCAUCAUCAUGUCCUGGACUCCACCCCUCAGCCCCAACAUCCUGGUUCGAGGUUACAUCAUCGGCUACGGAGUGGGAAGUCCCUAUGCCGAGACGGUCCGAGUGGACAGCAAACAGAGAUACUACUCCAUUGAAAACCUAGAGCCCAGCUCCCACUAUGUGAUUUCCCUGAAGGCGUUCAAUAACGCCGGAGAAGGAGUCCCUCUGUAUGAGAGCGCUGUCACUCGAUCUCUGACAGACCCCAUAGACCCAUCUGAGGAUGACCUCUUCCACCUCUUUGAUAAAUACCCCACUCCCAUGCCAGACACCAGCACUCCCAUGAUUCCCCCAGUGGGGGUCCAAGCCGUAGCUCUGUCCUCCGACUCGGUCCGGGUCUCCUGGGCCGACAACUCCAUGACCAAGAACCAGAAGGCAUCUGAGGUCCGAUACUACUCAGUCAAGUGGAAGACCAGCUACUCCACCAGUGGAAAGUACAAGUCUGCAGACACCACGGCACUCAGCCACACUGUCACCGGCCUCAAACCAAACACCAUGUACGAGUUUGCUGUCAUGGUAACCAAGGGCCGCAAGUCCAGCACCUGGAGCAUGACAGCACACGCCACGACAUAUGAAGCAGCUCCUAGCUCCGCUCCUAAAGACCUAACAGUGAUCAGUCGUGAGGGGCGACCCCGUGCCAUUUUAAUCAGCUGGCAACCGCCAAUGGAGGCAAAUGGACGAAUCACAGGUUACAUCCUAUACUACACGCUGGAUAAGAACAUGCCAAUAGACGACUGGGUGAUGGAGGCCAUCACCGGCGACCGGCUCACCCACCAGGUCGUAGAUCUGAACCUCGACACGGUUUAUUACUUCAGGAUCCAGGCCAAGAACGCCAAGGGAGUCGGCCCGCUGUCUGAGCCUGUCCACUUCAGGACCGCCAAAGUGGAACAUCCAGACAAGAUGGCCAAUGAUCAAGGUCGAGGGGGAGACCACGCCUACUGGCCGCCGGACACCAACCUAAUUGACAGGAGCAGCAUCAAUGAGUCUCCCAUUGGUCAGAUGCGUCCACCUCACGGCAGCGCCACUCCUCAGAAGAACAGCAACCUCCUGGUCAUCAUCGUGGUUUCCGUGGGAGCCGUCGCCGUGGUCGUGGUCGUCAUCGUGGCGCUCAUCUGCACCCGCCGCUCCUCCGCCCAGCAGAGGAAGAAGAGAGCGAGCCACAGUGCCAGUAAGAGGAAGGGCAGCCAGAAGGACCUGCGCCCUCCCGACCUGUGGAUCCACCACGAGGAGAUGGAGAUGAAGAACAUGGAGAAAGCUCCCAGCGUCGCCCCGUCCGGACGUGACUCGCCCAUCCAGUCCUGCCAGGACCUCCCCCAGGUCGCACACAGCCAAUCAGAGAGCCAGAUGGGCAGCAAGAGCAGCCACUCAGGAGCCGACGCUGACGAGGCGUCCAGCAGCAUCUCCACCCUGGAGCGCUCCAUGGCCGCCAGGAGGGGGACACGAGGAAAAAUGAUGAUCCCCAUGGACUCGCAGCCGAGCAACACACCGGUGGUCAGUGCCAUCCCUGUGCCAGCUCUGGACUCCUCUCAGUAUCCUGGUAUCCUGCCGUCACCUUCCUGCGGCUUCACUCACAACAAGUUCAGCCUGAGACCGAUGCCUUUCCCCAGUCUGACCGUGGACAGAGGAUACACACCAGCGAUGCCUUCAGACUCCUCCACCAACCCCCUCCUCCAGCAGCAGCCGCCGCCCCAGCAGGCCACUCCGCUGCUCCCCGGCUCCUCCGCACCGCCCGGAGAACACGUUCCAGUUGUCGGCCAGAUCCCGGGGACGCCUGCUGCUGCCAGCGCUGAUGAAGCCCAGGCUGGGAGCGGUCGGACCAUCCCCACAGCGUGCGUACGGCCCACUCACCCACUACGGAGCUUCACCAACCCACUGCUGCCACCGCCCAUGGGCACCAUCGACCCCAAGGUGUACACCUCCAUGAUGCCGCAGUCCAGUGAGUACUAA